AUGCAGAGGAAAAUAGAAGGCAGAAGAUCAGCAGGACGCAACAGCUUUGAUCAGAACGGCAGUGAACAAAGAUUCCAAAGUGGAGUAGCUGAAAACAUAGGAGUAUCUCAAGGGACGGUAUCACUAACAGUUAAAUAUGUAGCGAAAAAAAUAACAGAAAAAGCUGCCGUUUGGAUUAAAUUCCCUUCAACUAUUCAGGAAAUUGACGCGGCAAAAAAUCAGUGGUUAGAAAAAUACAAGUUUCCUACAGCAAUUGGCGCAUUAGAUUGUACCCAAGUAAAAAUAAAAAAGGUUGGGAUUCAAAGGCAUGGAGGUGAUAUGAGAGCAUACAUCUGCAGAAAAGGGUUCGCUAGUAUAAAUGUUCAAGCAACCUGUGAUGCAAACGAGGUCUUUAAAAGUGUUAGCGCCGAAUGGCCAGGAUCAGUACAUGAUAGUAGAAUUUGGAGGAAUAGUGCAACUUGCCGAACACUCAGAAGAUUUGAUAAUGCGAUACUUCGAGCUGACCAGGGUUAUGGUAUUGAAAACUGUGUUAUGACACCUUUUGUCAAUCCUCAGACUCCAGAACAAUUGGCUUACAAUAACCUUUUUAAAAGAGAGAGGGUAGUUAUCGAACGAUAUUUUGGUCAGUUGAAGCAACGAUUUCCAAUAUUACAAAACAUAGUUCGAUUAUCACUUGCUUCAGUUCCAACAAUUAUUAUUGCAUGUUUCAUAUUACAUAACGUAGCAAAAUUUUUCAUGAUGAUGCAUGAUGAUGCACUAGAUGAUGUCGAUGAUAAUGAAAAUAAUGAAAAUGAUGGCGAAUGUGGAGAAACUGAAGCAAAUGAAGAUGAUAUAAAUAAUUUUAGAUUAUUAGGGCAAAAUAAAAGAAACAGAUUGGCUGAGCUGAUAUAUUCCAGAUUAUAA